GUUUGCAUCGCCAUGUGAUUUGAUUUUCAUUUGAUCAUUUCAUCAGUGAUUGAUUUAUGAUUUUACGUACUUUUUUUAUAUGAUUAGCUGAAAAGUUUUUCGCGAUAAUUAUUGCAUCGUUAGCUAUCGUUUUAUAACAAUGAAAAGGUUCAAUUUCCGCUCUGUCCGCCGCCAUGAACUGGGUUCAAUCAAAUCAAAUAUGGAAUCCUACGUAACCAGUUUCCCAGGCAGAUUUACCGAAAGUUUAAGAACGAAAAAACGUCGCCAUGAAAGUAUUACGGGAGAGCUACAUAUUCGGAAUUCUUUUCGUCAACCAAUCGUUGGGCUUUGGUUACUUCAAACGCCGUUGUUAAAUUUUUCGGAUUUACGUUAUCGAAUCCCAUUUCAAUGGUCAAGGAGUAUUUGCUGAUGGGACGCAAAUAAUCGUCUACUUAUUACCUAUCAAUGAAGUCGAUUUAGUCGAAGCUGCUACGUAUUCAUUUCGCGAACGCCUUAUGCGGUAUCUGGAAGAAGUUGGUUUCAUUCAUGAUGGUUCGUUAUAAUCGUGUUCGAUUGAAUUUCAAUACGAAAGAAUCCGUAUUCAAGCAGACUAACCAUCCUAGUAGACGCUGUGAUAAGUGUUCAAACUCGCGAACGCCAGUCGGUAGAUCAUUCAAAUACCAUCGUGGAAUAGACAUUAAUUUAUUCGAUCCAACGUUUCAAGAUCUUAAUGUUAAGCUUCUCCUGAAAGAAUUAAUCGUCGAACCUUUCAUCUUUAAGAACAACGAUUUCGUACCAGAAUACCUCUGUGCUGAAGGAGGAGCUGGUUCAUUACGCACAGCGAAACAGCACCAUUUGUAUUUGGAAUUUUACUGCCUGUCUCUGCAUUAUUUGCCGUCGCAGGUUAUUCCAUCUAUCGUUAUUGAAAAUGAAUAAAGUUCAGUAACCUUACGAUACGAUGGAAUAAGCAGGUUCGACUUUCAGAUGUGUUGAUUGGGAUUAUUUUUUUAAAAACUACUUUUACGGGUUGAAUUAUUUUUUCGUUUCGUUGGUUUUCAUUUCAAUUUUUUUUCUUUUUUUAAAAUUAUCCGUAGUUACAGCAUUUCAUUUGCUUUUCCCCUGAUUUUAAUGAUCUCCAAUUUAUUGCUUUAUUUU